GCCGCCGCCCGCGCCAUGGCGGCCCCGGCGCUGCCCCCGCUGCCGCCGCAGCUCAAGAGCAUCCAGCACCAUCUGCGGACCGCGCAGGAGCUGGACAAGCGCGAGCCCGUGGUGGCGUACUACUGUCGUUUGUAUGCAAUGCAGACAGGGAUGAAGAUUGACAGUAAAAGCCCAGAAUGCCGUAAAUUUUUAUCCAAACUGAUGGAUCAGUUGGAAGCUAUGAAAAAGCAAUUUGGUGAUAAUGAAGCAAUUACUCAGGAAAUUGUUGGUUCUGCUCAUGUGGAGAAUUAUGCUUUGAAAAUGUUUUUGUAUGCAGACAAUGAAGACAGAGCUGGACAAUUUCAUAAAAACAUGAUAAAGUCCUUUUAUACUGCAAGUCUCCUGAUAGAUGUUCUGACGGUAUUUGGGGAGCUCUCUGAAGAGAAUGCCCAGCACAGGAAGUACGCCAGGUGGAAGGCAGCAUACAUUCAUAACUGCUUAAAGAACGGAGAGACUCCUCAGCCUGGCCCCAUUGGAAUGGAGGGAGAGAGUUUUGAUGCUGAAAGGGAAGAAGCAGGGUCGUCUUCUGUCCCUAGUGGAACAACUCAAUCAUCAUCAUCAUCAUCUACAUAUGAAGCUAACAACAUACCAACUAGUAAUUACACUGGCAUACAUAUACCACCAGGUGCCCAUGCACCAGCCAACACUCCAGCUGAAGUACCCCAUAACACAGGGGUGACAAGUAACACCAUUCAGCCUGCUCCUCAGAAUAUUCCUCUAGUUGAUCCUUCCCUUUACAGUGCUCAGUCUGCAGGAGAAGUCCGCUUGACUCCAGAGGACUUUGCCAGAGCUCAAAAGUAUUGCAAAUAUGCUGGCAGUGCGUUGCAGUAUGAAGAUGUGAGCACUGCUGUGCAGAAUCUACAGAAGGCCCUCAAGUUACUGAUUACAGGCAGAGAAUGAAGUUUUAAUCCAACAGGUUCACAUCUUUCGCCUAAAGAACUAACAGCUUAUUACUGUACCUGUUAGGGAAGUGGAGUUACAAAGAAAUUCUCAAUCCCAUCACUCAUGACGAUGAAACCACUGUUUCAGUGUCAGAUUAGCAAUUAAUGGUACAGUAGGAAUCUGUUUUCAUUUUACAGGCAGUGGAGCUUGAAACAUGAAUGCAGUGGCUUGAUGUAUGCAAAAUAUUGAAGAAAGUACUGUAAGCACCACUCAAGAAUUAAAAUUCAUCUUGCAGUAUUUGGUUUAUCAAAAUUGGAAAAUGCUGACUGUAAAAAACUUGAGAAUUAGGAUGUUCUAUUAAAAUUCUUACUCUUAGUUUAUUAUUGCAAACAAUUAUUUAAUAGGUAUAAUAGCUUUAAAAUGGUAACUAAGAUUAGCGUGUUCCUCCUGAAAUGAGAGCAUGUGGGAAGGCCAACAGGUCCAGACUGGGGAGGACUUUUCUAUAUGUAAAUUAUUUCGGUAUUUGUGUUAUCUGAGACAAAAGUCUAAGUUGAGGGAGUCUUGAGGACCUUUGUAUUUCAUUUGAAAAUGUGCUCGAAAAAACAUCUCUUGAUACUUCAGAGGGAGUAAUUUUGAUGGUGUUCCAAUCUAAUCCCCCAUAGGUGUAUGGACAUAUAUUCUUGAUUAUUGGCUCUUGCUCCUUCUGUGUGAACACUUAAAAUUUUGUAUGUGUAUGGGUGAUUAAGAGAAAAUACUAAUAUUUAUCAACAAUGAUCCCAAAACUGGAGGCAGAGAUUCUAAAUAAUUUGAACUUUCAGGAAGACCUUAUAAAAGAACAGAACUGUUCCAUCUUUCUAAGAGGCUGGAAAAAAGCUUGUUCUUCAGCCAUUAAAAUGCUAUAGGUUUGUCUCUGGUAUUAAUGUCAUAGAGCCUUGUAUUUCCAACUAAUAUUUUUUCUGUCUGCUUUGUUGUGAAGACUUUUUGGACUUGGGAUUUAAUUAAAAUAUCUUGGAAACUGAA